AUGUGGACGUUGUUAGUGGACGUUGUUGUAGGCUCUGCCGUGGUUGUCGUCGGCUCAAGAGUGGACGUUGUUGUAGGCUCUGCCGUGGUUGUCGUCGGCUCAAGAGUGGACGUUGUUGUAGGUUCUGCCGUGGUAGUCGUCGGCUCAAGAGUGGACGUUGUUGUAGGUUCUGCCGUGGUUGUCGUCGGCUCAAGAGUGGACGUUGUUGUAGGCUCUGCCGUGGUUGUCGUCGGCUCAAGAGUGGACGUUGUUGUAGGUUCUGCCGUGGUAGUCGUCGGUUCCACGGUCGAGGUUGUUGUAGGCUCUGCCGUGGUUGUCGUCGGCUCAAGAGUGGACGUUGUUGUAGGUUCUGCCGUGGUAGUCGUCGGUUCCACGGUCGAGGUUGUUGUAGGCUCUGCCGUGGUAGUCGUCGGCUCUAUAGUGGACGUUGUUGUAGGUUCUGCCGUGGUUGUCGUCGGCUCAAGAGUGGACGUUGUUGUAGGUUCUGCCGUGGUAGUCGUCGGCUCAAGAGUGGACGUUGUUGUAGGUUCUGCCGUGGUAGUCGUCGGCUCAAGAGUGGACGUUGUUGUAGGUUCUGCCGUGGUAGUCGUCGGCUCAAGAGUGGACGUUGUUGUAGGUUCUGCCGUGGUUGUCGUCGGCUCAAGAGUGGACGUUGUUGUAGGUUCUGCCGUGGUAGUCGUCGGUUGCACGGUCGAGGUUGUUGUAGGCUCUGCCGUGGUUGUCGUCGGCUCAAGAGUGGACGUUGUUGUAGGCUCUGCCGUGGUAGUCGUCGGUUGCACGGUCGAGGUUGUUGUAGGCUCUGCCGUGGUUGUCGUCGGCUCAAGAGUGGACGUUGUUGUAGGUUCUGCCGUGGUAGUCGUCGGUUGCACGGUCGAGGUUGUUGUAGGUUCUGCCGUGGUAGUCGUCGGCUCAAUAGUGGACGUUGUUGUAGGUUCUGCCGUGGUUGUCGUCGGCUCAAGAGAGGACGUUGUUGUAGGUUCUGCCGUGGUUGUCGUCGGCUCAAGAGAGGACGUUGUUGUAGGUUCAGCCGUGGUAGUCGUCGGUUGCACGGUCGAGGUUGUUGUAGGCUCUGCCGUGGUUGUCGUCGGCUCAAGAGUGGACGUUGUUGUAGGCUCUGCCGUGGUUGUCGUCGGUUGCACGGUCGAGGUUGUUGUAGGCUCUGCCGUGGUUGUCGUCGGCUCAAGAGUGGACGUUGUUGUAGGUUCUGCCGUGGUAGUCGUCGGCUCCAGAGUGGACGUUGUUGUAGGUUCUGCCGUGGUAGUCGUCGGCUCUAUAGUGGACGUUGUUGUAGGUUCUGCCGUGGUUGUCGUCGGCUCAAGAGUGGACGUUGUUGUAGGUUCUGCCGUGGUAGUCGUCGGUUGCACGGUCGAGGUUGUUGUAGGUUCUGCCGUGGUUGUCGUCGGCUCUAUAGUGGACGUUGUUGUAGGUUCUGCCGUGGUUGUCGUCGGCUCAAGAGUGGACGUUGUUGUAGGUUCUGCCGUGGUUGUCGUCGGCUCAAUAGUGGACGUUGUUGUAGGUUCUGCCGUGGUAGUCGUCGGUUGCACGGUCGAGGUUGUUGUAGGUUCUGCCGUGGUAGUCGUCGGCUCUAUAGUGGACGUUGUUGUAGGUUCUGCCGUGGUUGUCGUCGGCUCAAGAGUGGACGUUGUUGUAGGUUCUGCCGUGGUAGUCGUCGGCUCUAUAGUGGACGUUGUUGUAGGCUCUGCCGUGGUUGUCGUCGGCUCUAUAGUGGACGUUGUUGUAGGUUCUGCCGUGGUAGUCGUCGGCUCUAUAGUGGACGUUGUUGUAGGCUCUGCCGUGGUUGUCGUCGGCUCAAGAGUGGACGUUGUUGUAGGCUCUGCCGUGGUCGUCGUCGGCUCUAUAGUGGACGUUGUUGUAGGUUCUGCCGUGGUAGUCGUCGGUUCCACGGUCGAGGUUGUUGUAGGCUCUGCCGUGGUUGUCGUCGGCUCAAGAGUGGACGUUGUUGUAGGCUCUGCCGUGGUUGUCGUCGGUUCCACGGUCGAGGUUGUUGUAGGCUCUGCCGUGGUUGUCGUCGGCUCAAGAGUGGACGUUGUUGUAGGUUCUGCCGUGGUAGUCGUCGGUUCCACGGUCGAGGUUGUUGUAGGCUCUGCCGUGGUCGUCGUCGGCUCAAGAGUGGACGUUGUUGUAGGCUCUGCCGUGGUAGUCGUCGGCUCUAUAGUGGACGUUGUUGUAGGCUCUGCCGUGGUUGUCGUCGGCUCAAGAGUGGACGUUGUUGUAGGCUCUGUCGUGGUCGUCGUCGGCUCUAUAGUGGACGUUGUUGUAGGUUCUGCCGUGGUAGUCGUCGGCUCAAGUGUGGACGUUGUUGUAGGCUCUGCCGUGGUUGUCGUCGGCUCUAUAGUGGACGUUGUUGUAGGCUCUGCCGUGGUUGUCGUCGGCUCUAUAGUGGACGUUGUUGUAGGCUCUGCCGUGGUUGUCGUCGGUUCCACGGUCGAGGUUGUUGUAGGCUCUGCCGUGGUUGUCGUCGGCUCUAUAGUGGACGUUGUUGUAGGCUCUGCCGUGGUAGUCGUCGGCUCAAGUGUGGACGUUGUUGUAGGCUCUGCCGUGGUUGUCGUCGGCUCUAUAGUGGACGUUGUUGUAGGCUCUGCCGUGGUUGUCGUCGGCUCUAUAGUGGACGUUGUUGUAGGUUCUGCCGUGGUAGUCGUCGGCUCAAGUGUGGACGUUGUUGUAGGCUCUGCCGUGGUUGUCGUCGGCUCUAUAGUGGACGUUGUUGUAGGCUCUGCCGUGGUUGUCGUCGGCUCUAUAGUGGACGUUGUUGCUCUGCCGUGGUUGUCGUCGGCUCUAUAG